AUGCCUCCAAAGGGAGGUGGCACGAAUGGCAAGCACCAGCAUCAACAGCAGCAGCAGCAGCAGCAACGCCAGGGUGGAAAGAAGGGAAGUAAAAAGAGCGACGAUGACGAAUUUGACGCUCUCCUUGCGAAGGCGGUGAAGGAGACGCAGGCGGCACUACCCAAGGCCGAGAACGGCCACCAUCAGAAGAAACAAAAUAGCGGGGCUGGGAAGCAGCAGCAGAAAAAAACAAGUGCAACGGAGGAGGUGCGGGAUGACGGGACGGGCGUCAAGGUAGUCAGUACCGCCGAUCACGUCGACAAUCCGUAUCCGCAGGUGGCGCCAGGCAUGAAGCGGCAGACGUGGCCAGAGCCAACUGUUCCUGUGUGCAUGCAGUUCACUAGUGGGAACUUCCCUCCAGGUGAGAUUUGCGAACAUCCAGGUGAGGUCAAUGCCUAUCGACACAGUAGCGAGGAGAAGAGAGCGAUGGAGAGGGCGACCGAGCAGGAGGUUCAAGAGCUUCGUCAUGCUGCGGAGGUGCAUCGUCAGGUGCGUCGCUACGCCCAGAGCUUCAUUAAACCUGGCAUCUCACUCAUCUCCAUGACGGAUCGCAUUGAACGGAAGGUGGAGGAGCUUAUAAUGAAGGACGGUCUUACGCGCGGACAGGCUUUUCCGACUGGCUGCUCGCUAAACCACGUCGCCGCGCAUUACACACCGAACACAGGCGACAAGACGGUUCUGACUUACGAUGACGUGAUGAAGGUGGACUUCGGAACCCAAAUCAACGGCAGGAUUGUUGACUGUGCGUGGACAGUAGCAUUCAACGAUGAGUAUGCCCCAUUACUGGAGGCGGUAAAAUCAGCCACCUACGAGGGUAUUAAACAGGCUGGCAUUGAUGUGCGUCUGUGCGAUAUUGGCGAGGCCAUCCAGGAAGUGAUGGAAUCCUACGAGGUGGAGAUCAAAGGCAAGGUGUACCCUGUCAAGAGCAUCCGUAAUCUCUGCGGUCACAACAUUGGGCCGUAUGUCAUCCACAGCGGCAAAUCCGUGCCCAUUGUGCGUGGUGGGGAGGCGAUUAAAAUGGAGGAGGGUGAGCUGUUUGCCAUUGAGACAUUUGGUUCCACAGGACGAGGUGUCGUUCAGGAAGAUAUGGAGUGCUCACAUUACAUGAUGGUACCAGGGGGCGAUAAAACACAGUUGCGCUCUGAAAAGGCCCAACACCUGCUGAAGCACAUCAACAAGACGUACGGAACGCUGGCCUUUGCGCGUAAGUGGCUUGACCGUGACGGCUACGACAGGCACCUUCUCAACCUGAACCAGCUGGUGGAGGCGGGGGCUGUCAACAGGUAUCCUCCACUAUGUGACGUGAAGGGCUGCUACACAGCACAGUUUGAGCAUACCAUCCUGUUAAAGCCAACGGCGAAGGAGAUUCUCUCCAAGGGCGAUGACUACUAG